GCUGCUCAUGCCGUCGUACAAUAUCAAGAGAAUGGCAAGCAGGUUUAUAAAGCAAAAUACAUUUCACUAAAUUCUCUUUGCGAACAGUAUAAUGCACCAAUCAAUCCUAUUAAGGAGCAAUUAAAACAAAUUUAUCGCCGAGAUCAAAAAUAUUGGGCGAAACGACCGUUGACUCGUGAAAUGUUGCUAUAUGCGGCCGGCGAUGUGCUAGUAUUAAUAAACGAUCAAUUAUACGGAAACUUAGCGAGACAAAUUAAGUCUGAAAACCGUAUUUUAUUUUCCGAACUGUGCACCGAACAAAUUCUUAUGUUAAUAAAACCAAACGAAGUAAGAAUACGUAAAAAACAACGAAAAGUAAGUACCGAAGUAUCUGACCUCAAGCAGAAGCUAGCUCAAACAAAUAAGAGUAUUGUGCUUUCAAAUCGAGAAAUACGUUUAUUGAGAUAUAUGGACUUAACAGAAGAUGAAAAGGAACGACUAAAGGGCUUUUAUAAAGUUGCUAAAAAGUUAGAGAAAAUGGAAUCAGUUGGCAAUCAGAAUAGGGAGCAAAGUGAUUCCGAAGAAGAACAAGAACCCAACGAAAAUGAUAAUUUUCCCAGUCUUGAUUCUUUGCCAUCUGAUAAUUCGUUAAGUGGAACUUUUUCACCACGCUUUAAUUCGGAACCACCAAGUUUGACUGAGUCAAUGCAAAUGAUGGAUGAAAUAUUAUCUGAUCAAUCAAUGGAUCGAGUUGCUAAAAUUGAUAAACUUGAGGCGAUACUAUCAGCUGUAACACAGUUACCGAGUGAUCAAAUCAUAUCAUCUAAUAGUGUUCAAGAUCAAUUGGGUUCAAAUAUUGCUACAACAGAAAAUUUACAAAUAAUAAGAGAAAAAUCGAAAAAUUCGAAAAAUUGCAAUUGCAAUUGCAACUUGGAGCGUACUUCAUCACCUUUACUCCGUACUGGUGGCGAAAGGAAAUCAAUUAAAAUGGUGGAAGCAACUUCACAAACGCUUAGUACUGGUGAUAUUGUUAUUACAAAAAUUUUCUUCCAAGAUGAGCAAGAGAAAGCGAAAGAAAAAAUUUUGACUUACUCUGCAAAAAAUGAAAUUGAAUCCUAAAAACUAUAACAAAUAAUUAAAAUAUUAGUAAACAAACGAAGAUAUUAUAAUGAAAUGAAAAAAAAAAUUUUUUUUUGGAGUCGGUUUUUGGUUAAUAGUUCCAUUGAACUCUUUAAACUAAGCAAUAAUUGUGCCUAAAUAUUGAAUAAUUGUAAA